ACCUGUCCACCUAAGAAUCAUGCAGAGUGCUGUGUAAUAGUGAUUUAUCAAAAUAAUUGAUUUUUGCUUAAACUUCAGUGAUUAAAUCAUCAUGUAAGCAGGAAACCUUGUGCAAUUUUUUUUUUAGUUACAUCCAUGGUUUCCCUCUUAAAACUAAAGAAUUAGAUUCCCCCUCUGAGACUGAUUCCUCUAUCAUUGUAUUGAAAUAAGUGACCCAUUUAAACAAAAUAUCCCUGAGCAAAUUUUAUACACAAUGAUGUCAAAUGGAAGAUUGAAUAGUAUUGUUUACAACUACUAAAUUUCACCAGAUGCACAUAUGUUCUAUUUAAAAAUAAAUUGGUCAAAUGUUGUUAUGAAUUCAAAAUUGGACUAAGGGAGCUAACUCCAACUUAUCCAAACACACAAAAUUAUUUCAAGGUUGAGGUUAUUUAAAAAAUUAAUUUAAGGUCAAGUUAACUUCAAUUUAAAUAACAAUAUUUUUCAGAGUGGAAAUAUAUGAUUAAAGAUUAAAUUCCUAUAAUUUAUUAAUUUUUAUGAAAGUUUGUUUAUUUUCUGCGGGACUACCCUACUUUCACUUUUGCCUUGAAAAUGGCAGACGACACACUCAGAUGUGGAAUUUCAGCCUUUCGAACUGAUGAGUGUGGAUGUUAUUAUUUAUUUCCACAUGAACAUGAUGCAAUCAAAAUUAAGUGUUGUGUUAAGGACGUGACUAGUCACCUCAAGAGUGUUGGGGUUGCAACAGGAGGCUCUUACCGGCAUUUUAGUUUGGGUGAAUCUAUGACAGAAGGUCAACUUAUUUUGUAUAGAGUCGGCCUAUAUGAUGAUCGUUUGUACAGGGAUGUUACAGUGUGUCCACAUCACCGUUAUAAACUGGGAAUAUACUUUAAACAAAAUAAAACAUGCAGUCACCCAUCUCAUUCUGGUAAUGGUAAAGCAUACAGAGGAAUAACAGUUCAAGAAAGUCGGGAUGUUUUGCAAUCUUUUGGUGUCCUUCUUCCAGUAGGUACAGGAUUAUGCAGAAGUUGCAGCAAAAAAGUAGCUCCUUCAAGAAUUGAGGAUACAAAAGAUUUGGACACAACAGAGAAAGAAAAGACAGAAACAUCUAGCUGUUUAAGCAUAAUGAAUAUUGAUGGUGAAUCUUCUGCAAAGACAGAUACACAACCCAGUACAGCUGAUACUGAUUUCCUGAUAUUCAAUCAAGAUGAUGAUGACUCCAUUGCAAAGACAGAAACACAGCCCAGUACAGCCGAAACUGACUCCAUGACCUUCAGUCAAGAUUUAUCUCAAACUUCUAGCUGGAGUACAGAUGAAAAGAAAGGGGACAUUCUUCUAGAUGAUGUCAACACUGCCCUGUCGUUAUUGUCUAAUGGUAAGAUGAGUCCAUUGAAAUAUCAAGUCAGAACAGAUAUAGCUUCAUUACAUCCUUCAUCAAAACGUAUGCUUAAACGUAAAGCUACAACUGCCAUUGAAGCAUUGAUGGAUUGUUUAGCUCCAGGUCAAGCAAGUGAGCUAACCGAGUUGAUAAAGAUGGAGAAACAGCAUUCACCAGUCCCUGAUUUAACUACCACAAUUGUAAAAUUGUAUGAGAAUACCAAUGAUUGCAACAUGAAAAAACAGAUGUUGUCAAUGUUGGCAAAAGAUUACACCAAGAAACAACUACAGGAAAUGAUUCCAGGCUUGACUGUUUAUGGUAUAGACCAGGCACGUCUACAUGCUUCAGUGCAUGGAGAAGGUUCACAAGUUCCAAAACAAAUGAAGCAAAACCGUCAAAGACUACCACAGUGGAAGGUUGCUCAUGCUUUGGAUUUCUUCUUCAAUCCUCUAUUUCAUCAGGUCAGCUCAUAUGGAACCAAAGAGAUGAAACUGAAUACUGGAGAAAAGAUUUUAAUACCAGAAGUGGUUCGAACUGUUUGCCAUGCCAACUUGGUCCACAUGUACCAAGCCUUUUGUAAAGAAGCAGAUGUUGAUCCACUAUCUAGAUCGUCUCUUUUUGAAAUUUUGAGGGUUUGUCCAGCUUCCAAAAGAACAAGUUUGAGAGGCCUAGAUAAUAUUGCCACUGAUGGAUCCACAGCUUUUGACACUUUAGAUGAAGUUAAAAAGCAGCUUAAACUUUACUUAACUGACACUGAAGUACACAAUGAUUUAGAGAAGACUGAGCAAGAUCUCCAUUUAUUUAAACUAUAUAUAAAAACUGACUUUAAACUGCAUACAUCAUUAGCUGACCAGUGCCCUGACCACUGCAUUAUGUUCGCAUUGUCUGAUCCAAAAGAUCAAACACUUCAAAAUAAAUAUACCCACAGUCAUAACAUGGUUUGUGAUAGAUGUGAGCUGUUCUCCAGGUCUAUAAUCAAUCUCAAAAGAAUAACAUCUGAAGAGAAAGGCAAGUUUUAUCUUACUGUAUUGCAGAUAUUCCAGUGGAACUUAAGUCUGAACUUCUUCAGGAUAUUGAAGUAG